AUGGAUAAUCCAGCAGUAACAGAACCUGCUGUCCAGAAACUCGACGCCGAGAAGCACAACCCAGACACGACUUCCAGCCAACCCCGCUCACAGAAACAAGACCAUAUCCACCACCACCACCACCAUCAAAGCAAAAACGACCAUGGCUGGCGCCGCAUCGUCCGAAACUUCAGCCCCUCCUGGUUCAGCGUCACAAUGGGCACAGGCAUCGUCUCAAACCUCUUCAUCGCCAUCCCCUGGCAAUCCUCCUGGCUCCACUACUUCUCCAUCAUAUUUUUCAUUCUCAACAUUCUACUCUUCUCUUCUUUCUUUCUUAUCUCCGUCGCGAGGUAUACGAUUUGGCCGGAGAUUUGGACUGUCAUGAUUGAGGAUCCGGUGAAUAGUUUGUUUCUGGGGACGAUUCCGAUGGGUUUUGCGACGAUUAUUAGGAGUUUUAUGGCGAUUUGUGUGCCGAGUUGGGGAGAGUGGGCGGUGUGGUUUGCGUUUGGGUUGUGGGUUUUGGAUAGUUUGGUUGCGGUUGCUGUUACGGUUAGUUUGGGGAUUUUGUUGAUGUCGGCUUCGCAUCAGCGAUCACUGGAUUCUAUUACUGCGGCGCAGCUGCUUCCGAUUGCUGCGACUAUUGUUGCGGCUAGCACUGGAUCUGAAGUUGCUCGCAUUGUGCCGGAUCCUCAAGUCUCGCUCGGAACGGUGAUUGCAAGCUAUGUGAUGUGGGGAAUGGGUGUUCCAAUGGCGCUUGUGGUGCUCGUGAUAUACUAUCAGCGACUUGCUUUGCAUAAGAUGCCACCUCGAGAGGUCAUCGUAUCUGCCUUCCUACCGCUUGGACCUCUGGGCUUGGGAGGUUACACCAUUUUGUACCUUGGGAAAGUGUCUGCAGAACUCUUUCCAAAGACCAACACCCUCGACCCAAUGGCAGGAAGGAUCGCGUAUAUUCUUGGAUUCUUCGUUGCACUGAUCAUGUGGGCAUACGGACUGAUAUUCUUCGCUCUUGCUCUUGCGUCGAUCUACAAGGCACGACCGUUUCCUUUCAACAUGGGAUGGUGGGGUUUCACCUUCCCUUUGGGGGUCUAUGCACUUUCUACAAUACUCAUGGGUAAUGAAUUGCCAUCUCGCUUCUUUCGGGUCCUUGGAACGAUAUUUGCAGCGGCAGUAAUCUUGCUUUGGAUCUAUAUCUUCGUGAGAACAGCUAUUGGAGCGUGGAGUGGCAAGCUGUUCAAUGCCCCCUGUCUAGCAAAUCUGAAGGACCGAGAGCCGGAGGCCAGAACACUUGAAGAGAAUGGAGAGAUGGAAAAGGUGAUUGACCUAGCGGAGAACAAAACCAAUGGCAACGCUAGUGCGGAGAGCAGAGAGCGCAAGACACAUCGACCACAAGAUGCCGACUGA